GCUCAGGGACGCGUAAAAUGGGGCGUUUAAUCUGUCCGAUUUAGGUGUGAACGUUAACAGGGUUCGGUUGCUAAGGGGGAAAAAGAUGAGGCCUAGGGGGAAGCGAGGCACCUUUGACCCCGGCGGUUGCUAGGGUGAGAGGUCAGAGGUGAGUGAAGGGCCGAGUCGAGAUGGAGAUUCCCAGCGUUUUGCUCGUCAGCUGCUGCCCGAGUUUCGUGGAGGAGGCGCUGGUGAAAGACAUUAUUGGCACAGAUGACCUUCCUGAGUACACUGGCCCCAGGAAUGAGGUCCGCUCUUACCCCUGGACAAUAGAUAACAAGUAUUAUACCGCUACCGUUCAACUGUGUGUGGUGCCCAACAAAUUCAUACUGACAAAGGAGAUCGCUGACACGGUGGAGGCCUUCCUGAUUUACUUUGACAGCACAACAAAGUCGGGCCUUGAUGAGGUAUCUACUUGGCUUCCCCUAACUCAAGAGUGGACCCCCGAGGUUUUGAUUCUGGUGUGUGACAGAGUUUCAGACAAUGGGGUGAGCAGGCAAACAGCACAGCAAUGGUGUAUUAAAUAUGGAUUUGAAUUGGUGGAGCUCAAUCCAGAAGAGUUGCCAGAUGAAGAAGAUGACUUCCCUGAAUCCACUGGAGUAACAAGAAUUAUUCAAGCCUUGAAUGCAAAUGUGUGGCCAAAUGUUGAGAUGAAAACAGAUAGGCCACAGGACUUUGGAAUUCUCAGUAGUUUAACUGGUGUGCUUGAGAAUUGUGGAACAGAAGCAGAAACACAAGUGGAAUACCACAGCCUUAUGGAACCUGAUGCUGAAUCACUUUCAGAAGAUAGUGAUAGGGUAGCAGCUCUUCAGACAGACAGUGUCAUAGCAGAUCCUAUGUUACAUUUGGAUAUCCAAGAACUCGCCACCCUUACCACAGGCGAAGUUGACUGUGAAAACUUUGAGCGUUUAUUUGAGAAGCUGAAGGAAAUGAAAGACAAAGCAGCAACGUUACCUCAUGAGCAAAGAAAACUACAUGCAGAAAAGGUUGCUAAAGCUUUUUGGAUGGCCAUUGGUGGAGACAGAGAAGAGAUUGAGGAGCCGUCUGAUGAAGAGAAUGACUAAGGGCUUGGUCAUUUUGUGGUUUUCAGAUGAAAGAUUUUAUUUUGUGUAUGAGUCAGUGUUCUGCUCAGAUCCCUCUAUAGACGUUUCAUUCCCAGGGUUGCCGGGUCAAGAUUUUUCAUGCAACUGUACCCAAGUCAAUGUUUGAAUCAGCUGGAUGAUAAGAUGUGAAUCUUCAUCUGUGUUUUUCCCCUUUCUCAACUGUACUUAUUUAUUAGACUAAACAUCCGAGUUAAGAAGCCCCCGUGGGAGGAAGCAUUGCCCCCACCCACUUCUGGGCUACAUCACCCUCCAAGAUCUUGGACAUUUAGCUACAUGAGCUGGUACUGGUUUGACUGGGUGUUGAGCUUUCCCAUUCCUAUUACACUCAGUCCCACCCAGAGGCUUUGUUCUAUUUUUACUGAACAGAUAGGAUUUUGUAUAGAACAACUGUUCCACUCAUGCACUCAUUUCAUUGCUGGACCAGUACACUUGUGAUAAAUAUUUUUUGGAGUAACCAGGGACACACCAAUAUCAAACACCAAGAAUACAGUGUGUCUUAAAAGAAUUUUCUUAUAGAUUCAGCAUAAAACUGUAACUGGUUCAUUUGCACUGUAGGCAAUGAACAUAAUUAACAACUAUGAUUUGGUGCUGCCUGAAAAUGCACACAUUUGUGUGCGUGGAGAAUGUGUAAAGAGAUUAGCAUAAAGUAAACCAAUCUAGAGUACAAUUAAGUAACUUUCAUGGAGAAAAUAAACAAAUAAAUAUCUUCACUCCUUGUAUAUGUUUCAGAAACUGUCCCUAAAGAUUUUUACUACAUAUUGGGCACAAGUAUACACUGUGCGCUUAUUGCCAUAUGAUUCAGGUAAAUAUUUUUAGUGACUUUCAUCGGAAAAAGAUGGGGGUGCAAGCAGACAGGUAAAUUACACGGUUGCCAAUCAAUACUUCACAUAUCAAUGGAGCACGAAACACAAACCUCUUUGCAGAUAAUCAUUUUUUUAAAAUUGGCUUCUUUAGUGUUGGGGUCUAUUCCUUUUGCAGUUACCUGAUGGAGAAUGGCAUUCCAAUUGAGGAAUGUGGUGAGUACACCAAGUGGUAAACCUCUCACCUAUGAAAGCUGCUUCCAAACCCACUCCAGACAGAUUGCUUGAGUGUCUGUUAUGUCUGCGAAGGUACUGUAAAAUCCAUUUAGGCUAUCUUAUCCAGUUCCUCAUGGGCCUAUAUCUACAGCAUGAAAACUCCUCCGAACUUGGUGCUAAAUUGACUUGAAGCAGCGGGAAGAUGUGGGAAAUGAGAAAAAUUGUGCCUUGGUACAACGUGAAGUGUACUUGAGGUACGUGGCUGGGAGCUAGACUGUAUUUUUAAUCUGAUGGUGUGAAGUGCUGGAUGUCCAAAAUGGGAAAUGUUCCAUUUCUCAGUUCUAACUAACACCUCUGACGAAAAUGUCAUAAACCCAGAAUGACAUACAAUUCAAUAUUCUAUCAAUUUCUCAAUAAAGCUGAUCAAAAAUGCUAUGUUCCCCUUGCUUGUGCUUCCUGCCUUGAGAAUUUUAUAAAAUGAAAGAUUGUACCCUAGUUAAGGAGGGAAAAGAAUCAGCCAGGGUUCCUGCUCCUACCCAGGUGUGGACAUCCUGAAACCAGAUUGGGUUUAGCUUUGAUUCCCCCCAGUUGCCUGCCAUCCCACUUGUCCAUUACGCUUGUUGACCUGCAUUGGCUCCCACUGCAAUGGCUUAAGUUUAAAACUCCUAUCUUUGUGAUUAGAUCUCUCCUUGGCAUCCCUAUCUAACCUCCUGCAGUUUGUCAAAGAAAACCCUCCAACUCUUAUUUUGACACCAUAAUGCCUUUCUUUAUCCUAUCAUUGGCAGCUCAGCCGUCAUCUACUUUGGUCUUGCAUCUCUGGGAUUCCCUUCCUAAAUUGUUCUGCCUCUCCAACAGCUCUUCCUUUUAAGACCUUUCUUAAGAUCCACCUAGGUUAAGCAAACUAAAUUUUCCUUCUCUGCCUUUUGUAUCUGGUUUUCUUUACAUCCCUGUGAUGCCUUCUGAUGUUUUUGUUCAUUAAAGGUACAAUUGUAGUUUCAUUGUUGUCCAGCUGACACAUGAAUAGUCAUUUGGAUACAGUCCUGGAAAGUGGCAGACACCUGUAGAAUAACAUGAAUUUGUUCCUUUUUUUCCCCUCAGAUUUUCUUAAUUUCAUUCCCAAUAUUCUCCUUUCCACCACCGGCAAAAGCUACUGAAACGUCCAUUUGUCUCAUUGUUGCAGGAUCUUGCUGUGUGCAUUAUGGUUAUUGUGUUAUCUACAUAAAUGACUGCACUUUAGGAUGUUUGAGACGUGAUGAGGCUCAAUAUAAAUGCAAGCUUAACUUUACAUAAAAUUGCUGUGUAAUAUUUUAAAAGUGGUUAACUCAGCAAAAAAAAAUAAAAUAAUUUUAGACAAACCAGUAUGUGAUAAGAUUUAAAUAUCUGGAUGUGUUUUGAGGGAGGUGGGACUGAGGAUUCUUUGAAAUGGCAGGUAGGUGAGCAACUUAUCUUCCUAAAGGGACACAUUUUUUGGCCCUAUGUCAUUUUCUCUUGUUCAUAUUACAGCACUGACCAUUGAACUUAUACUUAAUGCUGGUAAUUUAAUAUCACUUUUUGGCAAUUGCUGUAUAAAUGGGUUUUAUUUCUUUGUGACUAAAUCUCUUUGCUGAA